CUCAUGGUGGUGGCCGCCAAGAAGCUGGUGAGCCGCGUGCAGGUGGCGCCCAAGUCUCACUUCGACGAAACCAUGCUCUCCGUGGUGUACACCUCGGAGCCCAUCGAGGUCUCCAGGCUGGAGGAGACCUUCAGCAAGCUGAGGGAGUCGGCAAAGAAGGAGAUGCUGGAGGUGAUGCAGAUGGGGGUGGAAGAUCUCUUCCAGGAGCACCAACAGACCUGGUCGGAUUUGUUCAUUUCAGGUAUCGAAAUGAGAAAGAUCACAGAUUUACAUACACCUUCCAGCGAGACUGUUAAUAUGACCCUCUACUAUGUAUUGUCGAGCAUGCCAGCUCCUUUGCUAGAUCCACUCAUUAGUGGCGAGGACAGAGAAAAAAUGGAAGCCAGCUUGAACUAUGCGGACCACUGCUUCAGUGGCCAUGCAACCAUGCACGCAGAGAACCUGUGGCCAGCAAGGCUGACCAGCGUCCCCCAGAUCUUGCAGCUCUCAGACUUGUGGAAGCUAACUCUCCAGAAACGGGGAUGUAAGGGUCUCGUGGCAGCUGGGGUCCAUGGACUCAUGCAGGGAAUGGUGCUUAGCUUCGGGGGCCUGCAGUUCACAGAAAACCAUCUUCAGUUUCAGGCUGACCCUGAUGUACUUCAUAACAGCUAUUCCUUACGUGGGAUUCAUUACAAUAAGGACUUGAUUAACCUGGCUGUUCUGCUGGAUGCAGAAGGAAAGCCCUUCUUGCAUGUGUCUGUGAAAUUCCAAGACAAGCCAGUUAGACUGUAUGCGUGCGAGGCAGGCUGUAUGAAUGAGCCUGUGGAGCUGACCUCUGAGGCACGAGGUCAUACCUUCCCUGUCAUGGUGACUCAACCCAUCACACCACUGCUUUACAUAUCGACAGAUUUGAUCCACUUGCAGGACCUGAGACACACACUCCAUCUAAAAGCUAUUCUGGCUCAUGAGGAACACAUGGCCAAGCAAUACCCAGGCCUACCCUUCCUCUUCUGGUUCAGCGUGGCCUCCUUAAUCACACUGUUUCACCUGUUUCUGUUCAAACUCAUCUACAAUGAAUAUUGUGGGCCAGGAGCCAAGCCGCUCUUCAGGAGUAAGGUAUAAGGCUGCUGCUUUUGGCUGCUCUCCGCUGUCAUCAACCUGAUUUUCUGUCCACUGUGCCUAGGGAGGUUCUCUCUCUGCCUGUGAGGAUUUUCAGUCUCUUGCAACAAGUGAUCCGUGACCUCUUCUUGCAAGAAGCAGGAUUAGGGCACGGCUUGGAGUGGUAGGGAUCACACAAACAUUAAAAAAAGAUAAAUCCAUUGUCAGUCCUUCUUAAACAUUGAGAAGGUUGCAGUUUAAGGCAGACACAGCUUUUCUGUCCUUUUUUUUCAUUCAGUGGUGUAGAACAUUGCUUGUAUUUAAGAGAACAGCUGCAGCCCUGACAGAGGAUGCUGUUUCUUGUUAUGCAGUAAAGGAAUGCUUGUGACAGGGUUUCUGUACUUGUCUUGACUACUGUGUGGGAGAUGUACACGCUUCUCUGCCUUGUCUGAGUGUGUGAUGUGUCAUACGAGAACAACAAAUGCUAGCUAGUGUUCUUAGGCAAGUCAAGGCACUGACUUGUUGGGUCUGGGGUAAAUGUUCAUAGGCACAUAGACGCUGUUCAGUCCUCCAUCAUACCACAUUUACCAGCAUCAACUUGGAAAACGGCUGAGUUAGUGUUUCUGAAAUAAAUACAAAAUACAUAGCUGCUCUAAGAAAAAGGCUGAGUUUUUUACUGUGAGUUGGAGGUUCAGAUUUCAAGCUGUACUGCAUCUCACUUCUGCAUGAGGGAGUUGGAAAUCUUGUUUGAAUUGCCUUAGAAUUAAUGUCUGAGGACGGGAGGGGAUAUGGCAGAAAGAAGAACAAUGGUAAAAGCUUAGUGCAGAACAGAUACUAGACAGUGGAUUCUGCUCCUAGUACUGGUACUUUCUGGUUGCAUGUUGAUGCUAUGGAGGGGAAAUGAAAAAUUAGACUGGAUUUGCUGUGUGAGCUAGCUCUGUUGUUCGGAGGCAGCUCUCCUUAGGGUCAGAUGGAGUUAAAGGUGGCUUGUCUAAUUUUUUUUUUCUUUUUUUAACAAAAAUUAGGAAGCAGUUAAAUAGAGCUGUCAGAGGAAAAGCUCUGGCUUUAAAUUGUCCCGUUUUCCCGAACUGUAAUAGAAAAGUAAAUGUUGAAUAGCUAAGGCUGGACAAAAGGUACUGGACUAGAUUUGAUAUUCAGUAUGCGUGGGGUGUCGUUAAGAUGAGCUGGCAAUGGUCUUGUCAGCUCGCUGGCUUUGCAGUGUUGAGCACUGGAGUUCAGGCCUGAUCCCAAGUGGGUCUGAAUACGUGUCAUCCUUUGAAAGAAUGAGUUGAAGAUGCUUGUGGCUAGACAGACAAACCUAGGAAGAGGUAGGAUAGAUAAUGCAUAUCAAAGAAAUCUGCAAAGAAAUAAGCCUAUGAUCAUGAUCAAAACAUUAAUGCAAAAGGAGGAAGUGGUCAGAAAGUAAUUUGAAUUAUUGUUUAUACAGCUGUGUCCUGAAAUUCUAAAGCUGUUGCAUCCUUUUUUCAUUGCUGUUUAUUUGGUUGCCUUUGUCAUCUAUGAGACUUGCCUUCUGCCUUUUACAAAAAGACUUGUUAACCAUGAUUACAGGUAGCUGUCCCUGACACUAUUCACUGAAUUGCUGAGAAGCUUCACAGCUACAGGCCAGGGCUGACUUAGUAGCUCUUCAUUCUUGGCACUGCAAAAAGUCUUGCAGUGUGUAACAAACAAGUGUGUUUCCUGGUCUUAACUGGACCUGCUUAAAACGAAGAUGGUGCAGAACUUGAUUCGAGAAACAGGGAGGAAGUGGAAGCUAGUUGAAGCUCACAAUCUCUGUAGCAGUAAGCAAAAUUAACCGUGUUGAAAUAACACCUUGUUUUAUUAAUUGGAUGGGAGUAUCCCAGUGUCUGACUGAACUUAACAGUCCUGCUUUCAGCCUCCAUUUGCACAAGACGUCUGACAAUUCCGCAGCUGAGAACAAGGACCUUUUGAAAGCAACAAUCCUUUUGUGCCUUGUUAAGAGAGGAAUCCGUGACUUGGAACACGUGGUUAUUCAAGAGUUUAUCCUUGGAGCUUGUGUAACGGACAUGUUUCUUUUUCCUUGUAAGCUGUUCAGUCCCCUGAGAAUAAUCCAUGUGUGAAAAAUACUUGAAAAUACACCGAGUCCUUUGAUAUUUUGAUUCUUUUUUAAUUUUACAGGAAAAUAAAGAAUGAUGAUUCCUUUCAGAGAGUUAACUUAACUAGAAAACUUAGUAUAACCUCCUUUCUGGGAUACGUUUCUUAAUUUAUUGCUUGGGGAGUGGGGGGAGGGAAAGGAUGUUAAUAAUUUUGCCUCCGCUUCAGUAACAAGGCCGUCAAUUGAACUGUAGAUAUCUAAGUGAUGGUAACAGGUUUUUCAGCAUUUAUCAUUGCAGGAUGCAAAAUCAGUUUAACUGCUUCCGGAUUUACCCUUGGAAAUGCUGAUCUGUGAGUUUUCUAUUCUGAGCAUACUGAGACUUUGUGCAUUGAUUUGUUUUGGCUGUUGGGGGAGACAUCUCACUUCCUAGUGAUUUAAAGAUUGUUUGGUUUUAAAAUACCAAAGCUGUUGUUUCUAAAUAAAUACCUUUCAGUCUA